AAGCAGACGUCUGUGGCAGAAAAUAAUUCAGUAAGGCAGCAUGCCGUGCGGUGUGCUGAGGACCUUUUUGUGGAGCCUGUCUCGGAGGAAGCCCCUGGAGCCAGAAGGCGAGGAGUCAACAUUUAACCGAUGUCUCACCACCUUGGACCUGGUGGCCCUCGGCGUGGGCAGCACCCUGGGAGCUGGGGUCUAUGUCCUCUCUGGUGAGGUAGCAAGAGCCUCUGCUGGACCAAGCAUCAUCAUCUCCUUUUUUAUUGCGGCGCUGGCUUCGAUAUUUGCUGGAUUGUGCUAUGCAGAAUUUGGGGCCCGGGUUCCCAAAACAGGCUCAGCAUACCUGUACAGCUAUGUGACCGUUGGAGAGAUACUGGCAUUCAUUACUGGAUGGAAUUUGCUGCUAUCCUACGUGAUAGGGACAUCCAGCGUAGCGCGGGCAUGGAGUGGUACCUUUGAUGACCUCAUAGGUGGCGUUAUGGCUGCAUUCUUUGAAAAACAUGUCGCCAUGAACCUACCUGGCCUUGCACCCUACCCAGACUUCUUUGCUGCCAUUCUCAUUUUGCUACUGGCAGGCCUGCUGGCCUUUGGGGUGAAGGAGUCCACAACAGUCAACAAGAUCUUCACAGCAGUCAACAUCCUAGUGCUGGUUUUUGUUGUCAUUUCUGGCUUCAUCAAGGGAGACAUCGCCAACUGGCAAAUCAGCGCAGAGGCUGUGCUGAAUGCGACAGCAGAGCUCAAUAACCUAACCUCCAUAGCCAAUCUUACGAGUGAAUAUGGCGAAGGUGGAUUCUUCCCCUAUGGCUUUGAUGGGACUUUGGCUGGAGCUGCAACCUGUUUCUACGCCUUUGUUGGAUUUGAUUGCAUUGCAACAACAGGAGAAGAAGUAAAGAACCCCCAGAAGUCGAUUCCUAUUGGUAUUGUGGCAUCGCUGCUCAUUUGUUUUCUGGCCUACUUCGCCGUGUCUGCCGCUCUCACCCUGAUGAUGCCCUACUACAUGCUCAGUGUCCAAAGCCCCCUGCCAGUGGCUUUUCAAUACAUCGGUUGGGGUCCCGCCAAAUAUGUUGUGGCUGUGGGAUCACUUUGUGCCCUUUCUACCAGCCUCCUAGGUUCAAUGUUCCCUAUGCCCCGUGUGCUGUUUGCCAUGGCACGGGAUGGUCUGCUUUUCAAACCCCUGAGCAGAGUAAGCGCCAGGGGGAGUCCUGUUGUAGCCACAUUGUCCUCUGGAGUUGUCGCAGCCAUCAUGACUCUGCUGUUUGACCUGAAAGCCCUGGUGGACAUGAUGUCAAUUGGAACUCUGUUCGCCUACACACUUGUGGCUAUAUGCAUUCUGAUACUAAGGUACCGAGAAGGUGAACCUGAAGACACAAAGCCGGAAUUCAUGGAGUCAAACACCAAGUUUGGCUGUCUAAAGCCCCCAUCAUCUCCAACCGCAGGCACCUCGAGAACAGUCACAAUUUUGACCGUAUCUGCUAUUGCAUGUGUGAUUGGCCUCUGCGUCAUCCUGGCCCAAGCUAUGGAUGCUCUGUCCCAGAAAAAAGCAUGGAGUCUGGUAUGCGUCUCCAUCCUAGCCAUUCUUGUUUUGGCCAUAAUUUUCUUUAUAUGGAGGCACCCACAGAACCCCAGCCGGGCAUCUUUCAUGGUGCCCCUUCUUCCUGUACUACCUAUCGUGAGUGUGUUUAUUAAUGUUUACCUGAUGGUUCAGCUGGGAGGAGACACAUGGAUACGAUACGCAGUCUGGAUGGCAGUAGGGUUCCUCAUCUAUUUUGGCUACGGCAUCCAUUUCAGUGUUCAAAAGCAGCGCCUCGUAUCCACCGAGAUGAAGAUUGAAACCAUCAGUGACAAAAUGGACAAACACGUCAUCAAACAAGAGAAAUUCUGAGCUGGAGUGGAGAGGAGAGAAAUCGGUUCAGAUGUUAAAGGGAGUCCCUUCCGUAAGUGCGUACCUACUGGUAAUACUCCACCUACGUGCCAAUGUGUUUCCAUUCCUGUCAAUGUGCCAGUGUGGAAGCAUAGCUGCUACAUACUGCACAAUAUACUUUAAAGCUGUAAUACAGUUUGUGAUUGUGUGUGUGUGUGUGUGUGUGUGUGUGUGUGUGUAUAUAUAUAUAUAUAUAUAUAUAUAUAUAUAUAUAUACACACAGUACACUUGUCCUUUCUCUAGAAAUGGCAACACUAGAGUUUUACUCAGCAUUAUACUGUGUAACAGGUUUCAGAUGCAAAGUGUAAAACGCGGAAUGACGAUGUUUUUCAAAACUAAACAAAAGCAUGUUGUGUAAAAAAGGGGCUUGAGCACUUUUCUAUUGAUAAUUAUCAUUUUAUUACACUCUGAUAAGAAGUUUACAUUUUUUCAUAACAAUGCAAAAAAUGUACACGCAUUAAUAAAAUGUAUAAAUUUAGUGAAAAUAGGUAAGAAAAAAAUCUGUACAUGAAAUGAAAAUGUGAAUUGUCUUUUGAGGUAUCAACCUAUUUUUUCUAGUUUUCAGUUUGAGAUUUUUUUUAAAUUAUUGUUUUAUCAUUUCAAAGUGUACAUACUGAAAAUAUCUUGUUAAAUGGAUGGUUAGUUGUAAAAAUUUCCAUUAAUUAAAAAGAAACAA